AUGCCAACGAAAAAUCAUGGUUCCGAAAUAAUCUGGGAAAAUUAUUACAAAAAAAGAUUGGAAAUCCGGCUGGCCGGUGAAAAAGUCUACGAUAACGGCGGCGAAAGUUUGAUGGAAGUGUACAAAGAUUUGUGGAUGGAUGAAAAACAACGUGCGGAUAAGAUCGCAGACGGAAUUGCGACCGAAGCCGUCCGCAAAAAAAUCUCCAAGGACGAUGAAGCCAAUGCCGAUGCCGAUGCCGUGGCAUUGUUCGGUAUCUUUGGAACGAAACAGUGCAUAAAAAUUAAUAAAAUUUUAGGGGAUCACGGAUUGUACGCACCGUAUCAUUCCGCGAACGAUAUACAGUACGUCAUCACGUUACCGCAAGCCUCGGAAAUCAUGAAUGCCCAAAGUGGUGAAUCCGUCGAGGGAUAUUCGUUGGAAAACAUCGAGUUGGAAUACGAGUCCAUCGAAAAUAAUAAUCUCGCCCGAAAAUCCGAAAACUUGUACGGAUCCGAACGAGAAUUAUCGUACGAACACGUCACGCUGAUGAAAAAGACCGAAUGGGAUAAAAAUGCGACGAUCGUCAACGAAACCAUCAACGUUCCACGACGUAGUAUCAAAGCCGUCGUCAUGUUAUUCACCGAGAAAACAUCGACCGAUAGCGAAGAAUAUAUCUUCCCGAACAUCGAAAAAGUCAAAGUGACGAUCGAAGGUGUUCCCAACGUCAUUUACAGUCAGGGGAUGACGAAAACACGAAUGUACGAAGAAGCCAAACGGCUUUUUGGUACCGAUGCAAACAGUCAGCAAUCCCUGAUUAAAUUUUACAAGGAUAAAAAAUUCGCCUUGGUCACCGACUUACGAACCGUGAACGACGAAAAGACUUUCGGGAACGGUGUUAAGUGGCUGUCUCACUAA